AAUGCCAUCCGAGGCUUAUCUUCAGCGCCAAGCAAGGAACCGUCACGCGAUCGACAUAUAUGAAGUGGUCGACACUGAUGAGCAUUAUGUUUACGUCAUGGAAAGACCGGAAGUCUACAAAGACCUGUUUGACGUCAUACACGACCGAGACAGCCUGGAACGACCACUGACAGAAAGAGAAGCCCGACGAUACUUUGCCCAGAUCCUGCAGGCCAACAUCAACUGCGAGGAGGCUGGUGUCCUACACCGAGACAUCAAACCAGAGAACAUCCUGGUGGACAUGUGCACUGAUGAAGCCAAGUUGAUUGACUUUGGACUGGCAUCUGAAGUUCAACAAGAACCUUUCACAAAAUUUAGAGGCACACCACAGUACAUGCCUCCUGAAUUCAGUAAAUCCAAGCAAUAUGAMGGCUGUCAGGGCACUGUGUGGCAAAUGGGAAUCCUUCUURUGGAURUGCUMUCACCUGUAGUCCCAGCAUUUAAACAUCCACGUCACGCUUUGCGCAUGGCACCUAGAGUACCACACCAGCUUUCACCAGAGGCAAAGAACCUUAUUUACCCGCUGAUGAAAAAGACUCCAAGCAAUCGUCCAACUCUGAAACAAACUCUGCUGCAUCCAUGGUUCGCCAUAACAGACUAA